UCGCCAUUCAAUGAAGAGCCGGCCUACUCCUGCACCUAUUGUCUAUUAAGCAGAGCCUGAAGAAGGGUCCCGACCCAAAACCUCGCCUAUUUACGUCCUCCCUCCACGAAUUUUGCCUGACCCACUGAGUUACAUAGUUUUUUACUCAAGAUCCCAGCAUCAACGCUAUAUAUCUUUAUAUCAUUGUGCAUUUCCGUUUAUAGAUUGAUUGACAGUAAUCGAUGCCGAACUGGAAACGGUCGAAUUUCCGCUCUCAGCACCUUCCAAGAAUGCUCUGUCCCGGCGUGCUCUGCUUGAUGGUGUGUUUUUGCGGCUUGGUGUCGUGCGUUGCAAGUAGACGGGCGGCUGAGUCAAGUGUCCGGUUCACGCAAUAAAAAAGCGGAAAGCGAGAAGCUUUUUUUUUGAAGCUGUCGAUCUGCAAAAGAGUGGCAAACAAGUUGGGAGAAGAACCAAGGAAUCUCAGCACAUGGGAUUGGAAUGCCAGCUCAGUGGAUUGUUUGUGAUCUCAGUGUUCAUUCGGGCUCAGCUUAAACGGUUGCUAGGGAGGAGUUCAAGGAACAGAAUUUGUGGAGGCUCUCAGUGUAGUGGGCCUUCUGCUCACAGGAAGAACAUAACAGGAAUCUGGGGAGAGAUGAAUGCAGAUCCUAUACUUCAAGAAACUUUAAUUAAAAGAUCACAGCAGAAAAAACGGACUUCUCCACUCAAUUACAAAGAACGACUCUUUGUUUUAACGAAGUCAAGAUUAACGUAUUAUGAAAAUCGUUCUGAGAAAAAGAACAAAAAAGGAUCCAUUGAUUUACCUACAAUCAAGUGUGCCGAAAUUGUGAAGCAUGACUCUAGCCCUAUUCCUUGUCAAAACAAGUAUCCCUUUCAGGUUAUAUAUGACUGUAAUACCCUGUAUGUUUUUGCUCCAAAUGCUGAUAGCAGAAGCCUGUGGGUGAAAAAGCUCAAAGAAGAAAUAAGAAACAAUGAAUUGAUAAUGCCAAAAUAUCAUCCGAAGUUCUGGGCAGAUGGAUCAUGGCAGUGUUGUAGGCAAGCAGAUAAACUUGCUCCAGGCUGUGAGGAAUAUAACCUCUUCGGUGAUAUUACACGUAAACCACUUCCACCAACGCCUGAUGAUGUGCUACGUAACAAUCUCACAGGAACUCUUCAUAAGUCCCCAUCACACUUACCACAAGAUGAAGAAACAGAGGAGGAAGAAGAAGCUGAAGUGGUUCUUGCAAUGUAUGAUUUUGAAGCAUUGGAAGCUCACGAUUUAAGUCUAGUUAAGGGAGAAGAAUAUGAGCUUCUAACAAAAUCUGAUGUAAAUUGGUGGAGAGCAAAAGAUAAAAAUGGAUAUGAGGGCUACAUUCCAAGCAACUAUGUAACUGAGAAGAAAUCCAGCAAUUUGGAAAAAUAUGAGUGGUAUUGCAAAAAUGCUAAUAGAAGUAAAGCAGAGUGUUUACUGAGAUCUGAGGACAAAGAGGGAGGAUUUUUGGUGAGAGAUUCCAGCCAACCAGGGAUGUAUACUGUGUCUCUUUACACUAAAUUUGGAGGGGAGGGAUCUAUUCGACAUUACCAUAUAAAGUUAAACCCAAAACCUAAUGUACAGUACUAUCUGGCAGAAAAACAUCUGUUUAAAGAUAUUCCUGAUUUAAUUGGAUAUCAUCAACACAAUGCAGCAGGUCUGGUCACAAGAUUACGAUAUCCAGUGGGCCGCAAAGGACGAUCUGCACCUAAAACUGCUGGCUUUAGUUAUGAUAAGUGGGAAAUAAAUCCAUCUGAACUAACUUUUAUGAAAGAGUUAGGAAGUGGACAGUUUGGAGUGGUACGUUUAGGGAAAUGGCGAGCUCAACACAAAGUAGCAAUUAAAGCAAUUCGCGAAGGUGCAAUGUGUGAAGAGGAUUUCAUAGAAGAAGCAAAGAUCAUGAUGAAGUUAUCUCAUCCUAAAUUAGUGCAAUUGUAUGGAGUUUGCACACAGCAAAAGCCAAUUUAUAUUGUGACCGAAUUUAUGGAACUCGGUUGUCUACUGAACUAUCUCAGACAAAGAAGAGGACAGAUAAACCAUGAAAUGUUACUGAGCAUGUGCCAGGAUGUUUGCGAAGGCAUGUCAUACUUGGAAGCAAAUGGGUUCAUCCACAGAGAUCUGGCCGCCAGGAACUGCUUGGUGACUGAUUCACAUGUGGUGAAAGUGUCUGAUUUUGGAAUGACCAGAUAUGUGUUGGAUGAUCAGUACACUAGUUCUUCAGGUGCCAAGUUUCCUGUGAAAUGGUCACCCCCUGAGGUGCUACAUUACUCGAAGUUCAGCAGUAAAUCGGAUAUAUGGUCAUUUGGUGUUCUGAUGUGGGAAGUUUACAAUGAUGGAAAAAUGCCAUUUGAAACUAAAACAAAUGCAGAAGUAGUUGAAUUCAUUUCAUCUGGCUUUCGAUUAUAUCGACCAAAGCAAGCAUCAAAAGCUGUUUACGAGAUCAUGAAUCUUUGUUGGCAUGAGAAAGCUGAAGGAAGACCAUGUUUUUCAGAGUUACUAGUGAAGAUCAAUGAAAUAAUGGAACCUGACUAUUAAAGUGACUUUCAGCUGGCUGUAAAAUGUUUUUGAAUCAAGUCAAAGAUCCAUACAUUUAUGUAUUAUGACAAAUUAUUUUGGGAGUUUGUCAAUAAUUCAGAUCAUCAGUUCAAAAGCGUUGGGCAUAUCAAGAACACAAUAUGGUGAUUAAGAAGAGGAAAUCACAUGUUUGAUGCAAAUACGCUUUGGGUAAAUGAUUAACCAUCACUGUGUACAUUUGUAGAGUAAUAUAUUCACUCUGUGAUGUAAUCUGAAAUGAUAGAGAGCAUAAUUGAAGCCUUGCAUUGAAACUGAUUCUGAUUUAUCACAUUUUUAAUAAUUAUAUCUCAUUGCCAAUUCCACAUCUAAGGGCAACUUUUAACCCAUUACUAUUCUUGACACUAGAAAUUUAAUUAAACCAACGACAAUUUUUGCUGAACUACUUUUUAGCAACUAUUUCUUUAUUUCUUUCUUGCCUUUCUGAGUUUGAUAGACUAUGUGCCAUUGCAUAAUUCUAAAAUAUCAUAGAAACAUAGAAAAUGGGUGCAGGAGGAGGCCAUUCGGCCCUUCGAGCCAGCACCACCAUUCAUUGUGAUCAUGUCUGAUCGUCCCCUAACAAUACCCCGUGGCUGCUUUCUCCCCAUAUCCCUAGACUCCACUAGCCCCUAGAGCUCUAUCUAAUUAUCUCUUAAAUCCAUCCAGUAACUUGGCCUCCACUGCCCUCUGUGGCAGGGAAUUCCAUAAAUUCACAUACUCUCUGGGUGAAAAAGUUUUUUCUCACCUCAGUCUUAAAUGACCUCCCUUUUAUUCAAAGACACUGGCCCCUGAUUCUGGCUCGCCCAACACUGGGAACAUUUUUCCUGCACUAGCUUGUCCAGUCCUUUUAUAAUUUUAUACGUUUCUAUAAGAUACCCCCUCAUCCUUCUAAACGCCAGUGAAUACAAGCCUAGUCUUUUCAAUCUUUCCUCUUAUGACAAUCCCGCCAUCCCAAGAAUCAAUCUCGUGAAUGCAUUUCGUUGUCUCUGUACUGUACACUGACAAUGGCAAUUAAAAUUGAAUCUGAAUCUGAACC